AUGGCGGGUGCGAGAUGCCCGUGUCUGGUCCACUGCAGAGCCCCCAAAACGGAUUUAUGAUCACAAAAAGAGGACCAGGAGCUCCAUGCAUUAUCAGUGGGGUGAAGGAGCACCUCAGAACUCCUCGAAAUGCUGUUUUGUUUUGGACUUUUUGCUCUACUGUUAUACAACACAGUCGUGGCAAAUGCAGUGUGUAGUUUCACCUAUUCCAGGAAGGACCGGAUACAAGCGCUGUCAUUGGAGUAUCAGCACAAAGGAUAUGCCAAGUGUAUAUACACCAUACAAGCCCCUGUCAACACAUACAUAGAACUCAAUUUCACCGAUCUCAUUGGCUUCCAGCCUCAUUUUGGUCCUGCAAGCUCAACGGACCCUAAUUUUCAUUUACCCAAUUCCCAGUCAUCAGCAUCAACGUUGUUGUCGUCCUCGUCACCACUGUUAUCGUCUUCAUCAUCAUUACCUGAAUCUGCUAAAGCAGAACAUUGCUUGCCUCCUGAGCUUGUUAUAAGCCUGUCUAUAGGUCAUAAGAGCCAUACUAAAACUUUCAGAUUUUGUAAAACAAACAAUUUCAAAACGCCUCGAGUCUUUCAUUUCAAUGCCAACUCCCUGCAGAUAGUAUAUAUAUGGGAGGAGAAUGCACACAGUGGAUUUUCCCUGGAUAUAGAUUUUCAUCAACGCAACAAUAAAUGUGUUUUUUACUGUGCUGAUUUGACAUGUUUGACGUCGGAGAAACUCCUUUGUGACAAAGUCUUCAACUGUGCAGACCAGUCCGAUGAAUCCAACUGUCCAAGCCUACCCCUUCAAUCUGACGGUGCUUAUCAAUCUGUGACCACAGUAGUUGUAAUUGUGCUGUUUGUCGUGUUGAUGCCGGUGCUGGCCGUGUUUAUAUGCGUUGUGAGCCCUUGCAGAUCUACGUCUCGUAUGUGGCGUCGCUGGAGGACCCGAGACCGAGGUGUGGACCAUCGUCAGUUACGGCCAGACUCUCAAGGAUCAGAGGUUGUAUUCAUCCCGCCUACCACAUCAUCCCCCAGUUCUACCACCACGCCAGCCCACCUGGAGCAACAGAUUGCCCUGAUGAGGGAGCGCCACACACUACUACAAUCAGCGCGCACAGGCAUGGAGAUAGGCCUGCCCACCUCGGUGCACAUCUCCCAGGAUGGCGAGGAGGGGUAUGCAGAAAGCCAGAAACAACUGGCUCAUCACUCCAAACAGGAGAUCUACCAACCCUGCUUUAGACCUCCGCCUAACAAGACAGUGUACGACAAGGAUAGUCCCCCGCCGUACUAUGCUGUAAAGGGCCUUGGCCCAUCCCCACAAACAGUGUCCCCUGGGACACUGGUGCAAGACUCAAAUGGCUGCUCCAUGAUGGUGCAGUGCUUCAAUCUGUCAAAUAACAAUGAACACCACAGUGAUGGCUGCCUGCGUCAGCCAAAUCAGUGUAGGACUAGUGUCCGUGGAAGUGUGACUCCCAAUGUAGGCACUUCUCCACGUGUACAUGUUACACAUGAUAGUGCAACAGACCUUGGACGGCAUAAUGCGUCUGGGCUUGACCGACCACCCGACUAUAGUGCGGUGCUAGCAUCUGGGACAAGUGUAUGUAGUAACAAUAACAAAUCCCCUGCGGGCGGACAUGUCUGAUAGUGACCAUGCUGGCGACAUCUAGAGGAGAGAGGCGCGGUCAAGGUUAUGGAUGUAGGUCAAAGGUCAUAUGGAAAAAGCCAGCUGUGAUACAGAUUUUGGGGACGUGAAUUACAACAUCAUCUAAUUAAUGCUUUUACUUUGUAUUGUGAGAUAAAAAAAAGUGACAAAAAUACAAAAAAAAAUGAAUAAAACCAAAAAGUGAUUGAUUCCUGUGUGAGAGCUACACAAUAUUAAGGCCACUGAUUUAUAUUGUAAAGAAAUUGUGUUCCUCAUUUUAUGAGGGAAAACAUUUGUGCAGACUACGUUUUAAUUCCCCCACCCCCCACAUUUAUGGAGAAUGUCUUUGUGCUCAAGGUACAACAGUUGUUAUAGUAAAUCAUCUGAUGGGUAGGCACCCUAGGUGCUGCAUAUUUCCAUUUUCUGUUGUACAACCUGAUCGUCCGGCUACACACACAGCGAGCGUCAUGGUGUGACGUUUAGGUACAGUCGCGCUAGUGAUCCUAAAUAGGUACACCCAGUCUGUCAAACAGCCUUACUUCUAUAUAAACAUCAGUGUAUGUCUGUCUGCCUGUCCAUUAGUGGAGGACCAUGUCUCCCACGCUCAAGCGGCCCAGCGAUAAAGGUCACUCCGGGUGGACUAUGUGCUUGUAUCUGGAGUAUCUUGGAGUUCAGCACUCGUGUAAAGUGUAUGUACUCAAUCCAGAGUCUAAGCUGGCUAAAUAUCACCCUCAUGCUUGUGUUGUUUUUAAGAAGAAGCUUUUUUUGUCCAAUUUUACAGAUGUGAUGGUGAACUUGUUGACUUAAGUAGUGUGAAGGAAAAGAUUGUUGAUCACUUCAGUGCUGCUCUCACUGGUUGUGUAUGCAGUAUAUAUAUAAUAUUAUAUACUAUGUUUUCGAUUUUGGAAAAGUUUUUUUAUUCAUGAAACAUGAAUCUCUUUUUUCUGCCUUCCUCCUCGCUGUCUGUUUAUCUUUCUGUCUGUCCAUCAAAAUACCUUCUUCAUUAUUUAAUAGAGAUUUUACCAAUGGUAACAAUUCAUUAAUUUAGAACUUUCAGGCUUAGAAAUGUCUGUAAUUGUCUAAUAUUUAUGAUGAUGAUAAUGCAAUUUGUUUUGUGUUCCUGAAAUUAUUACUUAAAUGUGAAAAUAUGCAUUCUGGUAGUUGAUGGCUUUUAAUUAUUGAGGCAUAUCAAGGUGAUUUUUGCAUGAAACAACCUUAAAGCAUGGAGUACACUCAAAUCAUCUACCAGUUAAGGUGAAAUUACUAUGUACAUUUUUAUCAAACUUCUUUAAUGCCUUAUAUAGACUUAAGUCAUUGAUAGGAUUCUUCAUAUUUUUAUUUGUCUGCAGUUUUGAAAAGAAAUAUCAAAAACUCUAUGGCCCUGUCACGCAUUGACAAUUUGCAGAAGUUAUGUGUAUGAUAAAUGAAACAUUGUUUUUGAAAUGCUGGCAUACACUAAACUACAGAUGCCAUUUCUCCUAAUUUUGGGCUUAUACAUAACCUAUUCAUAACAAGUAAAACAUACAUAUAACAUAUUAUUUAUCCAGAACAAAUCAAUGAUUAAAGAUACGUAUCUAUGUAUUUGACAUGUCCCAGAUGACAACAGAACUUACUGAACAUGUUUCUAGCCUACAGCAACCAUUUAAUAGUAUAUUGGCAGUGUUCAAGGGAAUUGGUAUAUAAAAUAGAGUUCACAUGAGGAACCUGUCAGUAGUCCAUGUUAUCCAAGAAAUAGAGGAUCUAGCAAGAAGAGAUUGAGAUCAUGACUUUCAGCGAAACUCUGUCGCACAUUAAGCAUUUGCUCCUUAGUGGUUAGAAAUGGGUUUUGGGAACAAUAGAUGUUAUCUUGACGUAUUUCAACUGAUGUAUAACUUACAAGUAACAGUAAUGUGAGCAUGUGUACACUAUUCAUAACUUCUUUACAACUUAUGCCUGCAUAUGUGGAAGGUAUGAGCCAUAUGCUAGCUUACAUUAACUUCACAAAUUACGACCUAUGUUAGUGUAAACCAGCGUGCUGUUAACUAUACAAAACUUGCUCAUAGCUUAUCUGACAUAAAUUUUUCAGAUGUAUGCCAGCAUAUCAACCAAACUUUUCAUACAUUAAUGUAAGCUGGCUAAAUUGUCAAUAUGUGACUGGCCUGUUACCAACUGUGAUGUCUUUUAAAUUUGAUAAUUAAAUGGCAAGAAUAAUUCUUGUUCACAGUAAUAUUAAAAAGAACUUUUGUUACUUAAUUGGUACAUUGAAUUACUCAUCGAAUAAGUGCCAAUAUUGGAUGAUUUUUGAAAAUUUUUGAAAAUCACAGAAAUAUGAUUCUAUAUCUACAUUUUCUGCAACUAUUACUAUUACUGAAAAUAUGUCAAAUUAUACAUCUUGUAACUUUCUAAAACAAUGGAAAUUAACCAAUAUUUCUAUUUUUGCCUAAGUUUUUGUUUGCAUUUCAUUUACUGUAAUAGCCUAUGUAAGUUCAAAUAGAAAUAUGGCAAUAUGUGAUAAAUUAUCAAAACUGGCUGUUUAUGAAAUAAUAUGCAUGAAAAACAACAAACAUCUAUGGAAAAAAUAAUCAAAAUCACAUUUACUACAAUAGUUUAGAGUAUGGCAUGUUAGAAACUGAAUUACUUAGAGGGGUAAAUGGCAGGAGACUGAAUUACUUAGAGGGGUAAAUGUCAAAGACUGAAUUACUUAGAGGGGUAAAUGUCAAGAGACUGAAUUACUUAGAGGGGUAAAUGUCAAAGACUGAAUUACUUAGAGGGGUAAAUGUCAAAGACUGAAUUACUUAGAGGGGUAAAUGUCAAAGACUGAAUUACUUAGAGGGGUAAAUGUCAAAGACUGAAUUACUUAGAGGGGUAAAUGUCAAAGACUGAAUUACUUAGAGGGGUAAAUGUCAAGAGACUGAAUUACUUUGAGGGGUAAAUGUCAACAGACUGAAUUACUUAGAGGGGUAAAUGUCAAAGACUGAAUUACUUAGAGGGGUAAAUGUCAACAGACUGAAUUACUUAGAGGGGUAAAUGUCAAAGACUGAAUUACUUAGAGGGGUAAGCAGAUUGAGUUUGUGGACUUACGUUCUGGUGAGUAUUACUGAAUAUAUGGAACUUUAUCAUUGGGGCAUAAUCACUGUACAUACUUAAAACCACAACAAUUUACAUUCCUGACACAGAAGUACACAGAGCUUUGAGAAAUGGCUGAUAGCUCUAUUAUAGUUCAAUCUAUUUCUAGUCUUGUCAAACACACUGGAUAAUGUUCGAAGUGAAAUUUAUUGGAUUGAUGACACUUAUUUACAUUUCAAAAUUUUUAAAUUAUGAAAAAUAUGAAAUUUAACAAAUACUGGUUUAUAAAAUCUCCAUAUUGUUGAAAAGUGGAUGAAGUGUGUAGUCCAUGUCUAUGUAAAGAUAAGGUGUACUGUAAGGUGAUAGAGCUUAGGUGAUGUUCCUGUCGAGGAAUGAAAGGUUAUACAUCCAGUGUAGUAUAGUAGCUUUAUUUGCAAUUGACAUUAAAUCCUAUACUUGGUGAUGUCAGGCAGAUACGGAGUAUCAUCUGAGAGUUUCAGAUAUAUCAGUUAUAGUAUGGCAUAAGUUGAAAAUUAAAAACACAUGCAUAGCAGAAAUAGAAGUUUACAGGGAUAACAUGAAUAAUUGCAUGAAAUGUAGAAAUAAAGAUUUUUUUUCUCUAUAAUUCCAAAUGUCAUUAGGCAAAAUUACAAAUCUCUCACUGUUAUGCCUAUAUGAAGGAAGUUUUAAUUUAAAAGCAAGCUACCAAUAUCAUGCUAUAGUUAGUGUCUGUUAUCAACUUUUCCUUUUAAGGAUUACUGUUCUAGAAUAGCUGAAAGCGUUUUGACAGAGUUUGAUACCUGGUAAUUACUCUGGGGAUGUUAAAAUUGUUAUAUAAGUGAUGGGCAUGAUCCACAUGUUACCUGAAGCCGACAUAUUUCACUUAUGAAAAUCUCUAUUUGGCUACAUGCACACAUGAAGUUACUUUGCUGGUCAUUUAGAAUUUGAAGAUAGCUGUUUGUUCCCAAUAUCAGAUUGACCAAGGAUAUUGAUUUCUGUUUUAAUCAUAAAAAAAAAUUAUCAAAACUUGAAGAAAAAUAACGUUAUCACGGUCGUAAACAUUUACUUUCAAUGUUGUAGACUAUUUGUAUAGUCUCUCACUUCUCUGAUUGGCCGAUGCAUUUUUGAGAUUUGAUUUUAUUGGAUCAAUUUUAACAAUAAAUCAUAGAAGUAUUCCUUAGCAUUAUCCUUGAAUUCUAAUUAUUCAAGGUUCAUGCAGAAUCUUAAGAUCAUGGCCACCAUAUCAGCAAUCAGUUGAAAUUCUUGCCAGGUAAAUCUUGGUUGUCGUUCAUGUAUAAUCACCCGACAUCAUCACACCAGGUUACAGGACAAGCUUAAUGUAUUCUUGUAUUUUUGUUAAACAUGAUAAAACAUUUAUAUUGUUGAAACUAUAGAAGUUUAGAGUUUUAAAAAACAUUCUACUAUCAAACACUGGAAGUCUGCCUUAUGGUCACCAUUUUCCAAAGUCUUGGUGAAUGGAGCAUUUGAGUUGUGGGAUUGGUCACUUACCUGUAGCAGUGGAGGGUUCCGUAGCGAAUGAAGCAUGAACAUGUAUGAAAGGGUGGAUUAUAGAGGGAAUGAGAUGAAAACAAGGCUGUGAAAAAAUACACUUUUACAAGAGAUGUUGUAGGGAUAGAUUUGCCACUGCAGUUUUGGAAAAUGAAAAAAUCCUCGCGCGCAAAAAAAAAAAAGGAUUAAAAGCUUGAUUGAAUUUUCCUCCUUUUGUAUUCACUAGUCCGGAAAUGAUGAUUUUUUGUUGUAGAGCUUCCUUUGCUUAAUCAGAUCAAAUGCAGUAAUAGAGAUGCUCCACUGUCCCUUAUUUUAAUGUAACAAUUGAAAUGCAAAAAAGCCAAUAUACCUGUGAAAAAAAUGAUGUUAAUGAUAGAGAUUUCACAAAAUAAUUUUCUGCCAUGUUACAUUGCCUUUCAACCUUUGAAAAGUGUUGGAUAUUCCUUUUUUCCCUAUGGUAAUUGAAUGACAUGGAUAUUUCUGCUGGAUUUCUCAUUGUCUUCUUUUAUAAUACUACAAAAGACAUUUAUUAGUAUUAGCAAAAAUGCGUGAAAUGCAUGUACAAUGUUGCAGUGUUGUGUAUUAUGGCACAAAAUUAUUUUAUGAAAAAUAUCCAAACUCAAAUGAUGGUGUUCAUGUUAUUGUAAAACUAAUAGUUGAUUUAUGGACAGCCAUUCAGUAUGAAUUUUUACAGGUUGCUUAAAUUAACUUCUUUAUGUUGGAACUGUUUGUUAGAAAUUGUAAUUAAGUAUUUGUAUGAAGAAAACUGUAUCUUCAGUUUAAAUGAAGGAAUAUUUGUUUUACUGUACAAUUUAUAAAUAUAUAUGGAAAAGGGAGACAAUUCCCAUAUUUUCUGAUAAAAAAAUACAUUUAAUUUAUUUCUCUGUUGUAAUUUCUUUUCUUUUUUUUUGACAUUGAAAAAGUUUUUUUCCUUUUUUUUUUUUGUUUUUUUUUUCUUUGCAUUUUCAUUUCAAAGUAUUCAUCAAGAUGUUUUAAUAUUAAAACAUAACAUGAUCUUGUUGAUAGUAACUGGCUGUUUUUAGCAUAAAGUUGUCUGAAUAGGAUGGAUGGUUGAUAACAGUUCUCAAUGCACAGCCCAGAUGUGUUUUAUGAGUUUGUAAAAAAGCUUGUUAAAUUUGUUACAGGUAUUGUUAUUUCAAUCUGAUGCCCCUUCAUGUUAUAACUGUAGUGUUUUGUUUAUGUCAAAGCUAGGUUUCUAAAUUGACACUCUUUCAUUAGAUAUUAUCUUCAUUUAUGUGUGACCUCCUAUUCCUCAAGUCUUUCUCUUGUUGGUACUAUUAGUGAAUAGAUGGCAGUGUUUAUUGAUAAAAGGUUUCUUUAUUAUGCACUGGUUAUAAAAGGGUGAAAUGGCCAGAGGAAAGAGAGACUUUGGACAAAAAAAUGUAGCUGUGUAAUAAGACGAUGCUGGUCAGGUUUUUAUCAAGUUCCAGCCAAAAUAUUUCUCCAAGGUUGUAGUAGUUAUACUAAAAGAAAAUUCCAAGAAACUUCCAGUUUCUGAGCUAGAUAGGAAUAUUGAGCUGAAAUUUGGUAUGUAUUUGUGUUGUUUGCACAAAGUCUGUUAUUAAGUAAUUUUGGUUGUAGUCAGCCUUGGUCAACUAAUGCCAGUCUGAAAAGUAGUAGAUGAUAAUUCUCCAAAACACCUCUUUAUUUUCAUUGGAUGAUGGUGGGGCAUAAUAGCCGCUCUAACAUGUCUUUUAUAUACUAGUUUAUAUUAACGAUAAAGGAAGGUUCAUCAUAGUUUCAAAAUAAGUGAAAACCAAGUAAAGUAGAAGCAUAUUUUGAAAAACAAUGUUAAGAAUUAUUUGCCAUGCAUUUCAUUUCUCUCAAAGUAUGGGAAUGUGCUGACCUCAAGCUUAUGUCUUACACUUGAGUGCAGAUACUCUUGUUUGCAGAACAGAUGUAAGAUUCUAUUGAUCACAAAGGGUAUAAUUCUAGAACUUCAUCCUUGCAGUUUUACUCUAAAAGGUAAUAUGCAGUUAGCAGCUAUUAUUUCGGUAGUUCUUAAUAAAGCAUUGCUAUUUCUGUCCUUGCUAAUAGACAUGAAUUAUUUCUCAAUCAAAGUGGUCAUAUUUAGAUUACAAUCAGUAUUUUUUCCCCAGAGAACAAACUUUUUUUUUUAUUAACAAAAAAAGAGUAUUUCUUUUUAAUAAUCAACAUCAGUGAAUAAAUGAGAUUAACUUUGUAUCUCUGACCACAUAAGGUCUCAGAAAUGAAGGUAGUAUCUAGUGAUGAGUGUGUUGUUGAUAUUUUUACAAAGUAAAAAUUACCAAUCUCUGAUUAUCGAUUAGCCAUUGUGAUUCUUCACCGAUAAUGAGUGACUUUUAUCAAGGUCAUUUGUUAGUAAUGGGUCAGCAACUAAAUCUGUUAUGUGCCAUACAAUAUAGUUUUGACUGGUUUGUUCUAAGAUGGUGGACACAUGAUUACAAUACUUGCUCAUUUACUAAACAUUGCUACUUCUCAAAAAUGUCUGCCUUUGCAAAAAAGUUGUUAGAAAAAACACAAAAUGCCUAGAAUGCUGAUGAAAAAAUUCAAAUUGUGUAACAAUUAGAUAUAUUGUUUCUGUCCUAACAAUGUGAUUUACAUGAAGGCAAUCUCGGCCUCUCCCAUGAUUUUAAAGGAAGAAAUCUCUGGUCUAGAGGAGCUUGUGCAUGGUUUUAUUUUCACCUGUUCCAUACAUUUUGUCAUGUUAACCUGAUGGUAAAUCUGAGAUGAAGCCUAAAUAUUUUGUACAUACAUGUAACAUGCCACCAGUCUUGUUCAGACCAGUCACAUUCUGACUUUCCAUCUUGCUUAUGAACACUUUGGGUGCAUAUCAUUUUUCUCACUGCAUGCUUAGUGUGUGGGAGAGAGCGGUCACUGUGACUUGUUUACUACACUCGCUCGGUCAGUAGACAGAUUGUGUGUGUGAGAGCAGUCAAUGUGACUUGUAUACUACACUCGGUCAGCCAGUGGACAUCUUGUGUGUGUGGGAGAGAGUGGUCAGCGACUGGUAUACUAUACUUGGCCAGUCAGUAGACAGCUUGUGUGUGUGGGAGAGAGUGGUCAGUGACUGGUAUUCUAUACUUGGUCAGUCAGUAGACAGCUUGUGUGUGUGGAAGAGAGUGGUCAGUAACUUGUAUACUAGUCACAUGGUCGGUCCUUAAAAAACGUGUGAAAGAGAGGGAGAGAGCGGUCAGUGACUUGUAUACUACACUUGGUCAGUCAGCAGACAGCUUGUGUGUGUGUGAGAUUGGUUAGUGACUUGAAAACUACACUUGGUCAGUCAGAAGACACCUUGUGUGUGAAAGAGAUAGCAGUCACUACAAUUGCUCAGCUUGAAGACAGCUCUUGUGUAUUACAUUCAGUCUGUCACUGUCAGUCAGUGAUUUGUACACUAUACUGGGUCUUUCAGAAGACAGAAUGCGUUUUAGGGAGAGCAGUCAAUGUGACUUGUAUAUUACUUGCUUGCUUGGUCAGUAGGCAGACUGUGUGGGAUAGAGAGAGCAGUCACUAUGACUGGUGUAUUAUUACUCUCACUUGGUCAGUAGACAGACUGUGUUGGAUAGAGAGAGCAGUCACUAUGACUGGUGUAUUAUUACUCUCACUUGGUCAGUAGGCAGACUGUGUUGGAUAGAGAGUGCAGUCACUAUGACUGGUGUAUUACUCUCACUUGGUCAGUAGGCAAACUAUGUCUUUUGGAGAAAGAGAGAGCAGUCACUAUGACUGGUGUCUGUAGACAGCUUGUGCGUAAGGGAGAGAGAGAGCGGUCAGUGACUUGUAUGCUACACUUGAUCGUUCAGUAGACAGGUAGUGUAUGGAGGUGAGAGUGCAAUUACUGACCAGUAUAUAACGCUGUGUCACUACAAACAUAAUGUAUGUAGAAAAAUGUCACUUUGACCUGUAUUUUACACAUGCUCAGAGCAGAAUCUAUGGGAGAGCGCAGUAACUAUGACCUAUAUUACACAAAACUUGCUUGUUCACUUCAGACAGCUUGUUGGAAGAGUGAUGGUCAGUGUGUAACACUCGCCUAGUCACUGCAGAACAGUUGUAUAGAAGUCAAGGGUCACUGACCUGUACAUAACACUUGCUUGGUCACAGAAGACAGCUUGUGUGUGUAUGUGCUGUAAGAGGGAGAGAGAAUAAUUCAAAUCUGAUUUUAAAAAAAUAUUGUGUUAGUUGAGUGUUUAGUAAGUGGGAUGUUGUUUGAUAAUUUGAACAGCCUGGGCAAGUGACAUUGUGUCCAGUACUUGUAACAGCCUGGGAACAAGGGAUGGUGAAAAGCUUGGAUGUGAGGGAAAUUGUCUAGUAGCUGAAACUGCAAUUGGGUUUGAGGGAGCUGUAACAUCCUGUACGUGAGGGUAUCCAGCAGCUUCAACAGUCUGGGUGAGGGAAUGAGUCAAGUACAUUUAACAGCCUGGAUAUAAGGGAAUCUGUUCAGUAGCUGUAACAACAUUAACCUUGGUGAGGGAAUGUGUCAAGUAAUUGUAACAGCCAGGAUGUAAGAAUUAUGUCCAGUGGAUGUAACGGCCAGAAUUUGAGGGAAUGGGUUUGUGAGCUGUAAAAGUAGCUGUAACAAUCUGGAUGUGAGGAAAUGUGUCCAGUAGAUGUAACAGCUUGGGUGUGAGGGAAUGUGUCCAAUACCUGUAACAGCCUAGAUGUGAGCCAAUGUGCCCAGUAGCAACAAGAGCUGGCCCAGCUGUAUGAGAAUGAGUGUCAUCACAUGAUGAAUGGUCUCUCCUUGUGUAUCUACAUAUAAACUAUUUUUAUUUAUAAUUAAUGGCAAGCAGAGACAGAGCCCUCUGCUGAAGAUUAAAAUAUAAGUAACUUA